GAUAAAAGGUCCUUCAAGCAGGUUGUUAAAGGAUGUAUACAAGUCUGAUUAGAGUAUAAAAUUGGUUGAGGGGUUGUAGGGUUGCGGAGACGCGGUAUGAUUGGUCACCGCCUCAGUGCUUUGGCGACAUCGAGAAGCUCGGGGAAAUUUUGGUCAAGAGCAUUAUUGAAUCCCCCCCGAGCUGGUAACUUUCAGGGCCACUUUCCAUCUCCCGUGUGUCUCUUUUUCUCUACCGGUCUUUACCAACCCUAUUUAUCGGUUCUUUUCGAAACAAAUUAAUCAAAAUGGCCUUCGCUGGCCAGGCACCCACUAUCAUUGUGCUUAAGGAGGGCACGGAUGCCUCUCAGGGAAAGGGUCAGAUCAUUUCUAAUAUCAAUGCCUGUGUUGCCGUGCAAUCUACCAUCAAGAGCACUCUCGGUCCGUAUGGAGGAGACUUGUUGCUUGUCGACGGCAACGGCAAGCAAACCAUCACGAACGAUGGAGCUACAGUGAUGAAACUCCUGGAUAUCGUGCACCCCGCCGCCCGCAUUCUCACGGAUAUUGCCCGGUCCCAAGAUGCCGAAGUAGGAGAUGGAACGACAUCGGUCGUUGUUCUUGCCGGUGAGAUACUCAAGGAGGUUCGUGAACUGGUUGAGCAAGGUGUGAGCGCACAGACGAUCAUUAAGGGUCUACGGAGGGGAAGUGCCAUGGCCGUCAACAAGGUGAAAGAAAUCGCAGUCGACAUGAUCGAGGCUGCCGGAAGCGAGGAGAAGAAGGUCGAAACUCUACGACGAUUGGCCGGAACCGCCAUGAACAGCAAGCUCAUCAAGCGCAACUCGGAUUUCUUCACCAAGAUGGUGGUGGAUGCUGUGCUCUCACUCGACCAGGAUGAUCUUAACGAAAAGUUGAUUGGUGUCAAGAGAGUCACUGGUGGUGGUCUGCAAGAUUCCCUCUUCAUCAACGGUGUUGCCUUCAAGAAGACCUUCUCUUAUGCCGGUUUCGAACAGCAGCCGAAGUACUUCAAGGACCCCAAGAUUGUUUGCUUGAACGUCGAGCUGGAGUUGAAGAGCGAGAAGGACAACGCCGAGGUGCGUGUCGAGCAGGUGUCUGAAUACCAGGCCAUCGUCGAUGCGGAAUGGCAGAUCAUUUACAACAAGCUGGAGGCUAUCUACAAGACAGGGGCCAAGGUUGUUCUUAGCAAGUUACCUAUCGGUGAUUUGGCCACGCAGUAUUUCGCUGACCGUGACAUCUUCUGCGCCGGUCGUGUUGCGUCGGAUGAUAUGGACAGGGUGUGCCAGGCGACCGGAGCAGCCACACAGUCGACAUGCAGCGACAUCCAAGAGCGUCACUUGGGUUCUUGCGGUAUUUUUGAGGAGCGCCAGAUUGGUGGCGAACGCUACAACCUGUUCUCGGAGUGCCCUGCCGCUAAGACGUGUACGCUCGUGCUGCGCGGUGGUGCGGAGCAGUUCAUUGCCGAAGUUGAGCGGAGUCUGCAUGACGCCAUCAUGAUUGUCAAGCGUGCUCUUCGGAACACGACCAUUGUCGCAGGUGGUGGUGCUACUGAGAUGGAGCUGUCGAGCUACAUGCACGGCUUCGCCGACCGCAACGUGCCUCACAAGCAGCAGGCAGUUGUCAAGGCAUUCGCCAAGGCCCUAGAGGUGAUUCCUCGUCAGCUCUGCGACAAUGCCGGUUUCGAUGCGACUGACAUCCUGAACCGGUUGCGCGUGGAGCACCGCAAGGGUAACGUUUGGGCCGGUGUUGACUUCGAUAACGAGGGAGUCCGUGAUAACAUGGUGGCAUUCGUGUGGGAGCCUAGUCUAGUCAAGGUCAACGCCAUCCAAGCCGCCGUGGAGGCAGCUUGCUUGAUUUUGAGUGUCGAUGAGACUAUCAAGAACGAGGAGUCUGCCCAGCCCCAGGCACCUGCCCGUGGACUUCCCCCGGGUGCUGCCCAACGGGCUCUUGGUGGAGGAAGAGGGCGCGGCAUGCCCCGGCGGGGUCGGUAAAUUUAAUGCGUGAGAGGAAGGAUGCGAUGUGGUUUGUGAUGAAGUUAGAGAACAAAAGCCAUGCAAUAGUUAGAAUCGCAGCCCCGUACUUUUAUUUGCUACCAAUAAUGUUUUCAUGUUCAUAGAUUGAUCAUGGGGAAGUGGAUAUCUGAAUAUGGUAUAAAAAAAAGAAACUACGUACCAAGUAAAUUGAUCCUAGACCUAAUCUGGACCACCUGCAAGUCAUCCAUGAUGACUUUUGGGAUUCUCAAGCAAGAGCAAACAAAAGUUGACGACAUUGACCCACUCUACCGUGAGGCUCAGUUAAGGCUGAGCAAGGAAAAAAGAAGGAGAAAAGGGGAUGAUAAGAUACCGAGGAUUUCCGAGAGCCGAUCGCUUGGGGCUGAACGAGGGAAUUUGAUAUGGAAGGUGCUCUUGGCUGGCUGAAAGACAGUGUGUGUGAGCCACUUUCCCUUACAGUAUCCAGUACUAGGGGAUCUCGGAGUAGCCGACGGUAUGUAGCACGGUCGUUGAUGAUCUCAUCUCUCUCCUUUCUCUCUUUCUUUCUUCUUUGUCCCCUUAAGGUAAAAUUGAGGACCUCUUUUUUU